CCUGGAGCCGGCCGAGGUGAGCGCGCGCGGGCUGGACAGGCCUGGCCGCGACCGCCCGGGGUCGGCCGUGGCGCCGCCCGCGUCCACGCCAGACUCGGCCGGGCCUCGGGGAGCGGCGGUCGGGCAGGCGGACGCACGCCCGAGCGCCUGGGAGCGCGUGCGGGACGCGGCGAGUGCGGGGGAGGGGCGGCAGGGCUGUGAGUGGACUUUAGGGUCGUGGAGACUCGGUACCCUGGACCCAGCUCUGCGUCCCUGAGCCUCUGGGUCCCGCCGGACUCCCUGGCCACGUCUCCGGACUGGGCCCGAAAAGGGCCCCUCCCUCCUGCCUUCCCGCACAGGCUGGAAAUGAGCCUGGGCCAGAGGGAACGCGGAUGGGCUGAUGCCCGGGUCCGUCUCUCCCAGGGUGCUCUCGGCCGUGUGGGCGGAGGGCGGAGAAGAGCGUGGGCAGCACUGCGCGGCGCCUGGCAGGGCUUGGUCCCCUCCCUGGGCUCUGCGGUGCUAAAUGCCUGUAGCUCCUGCUCCCCUCCAGGCGUUUGUGACAGCCCCCAAAUCCGUCCCCACAAAUUGUCAAACGUUUGCAGCUCUCUUCCCCAAAGUAAAGACGUGGAGAGCUUCCUGGGUUUGAAUUUGGCUGCCACUAAGCUUCAGAGGUUUCCCACCUGUAAAUUGUAAUACAGGGUAAUUGUGAGGGUUAGAAAUGACUUGAACUGGGCCCAAUAUGGAGCCGAUGCAGUCAGUGUUAAAAAGUUUAGACACUCGUUUAAAACGGUGAGGCAGACAUUAUUUAAGGGGACUACUAUAGGGUUUUGAGGUAUUGGAGAGAGAGUGAAUACAACAAGGACAAGUGGGGAUUUAUAGCCAAGGUAGGGGCGGGUGUCAGUGGAUGGGAAACUACUAAGAGGAAACAUCUGGGUUGAGGGGGGAUUCUGGGUAAGCCAACUUGACAGGAGUUUUGUUGAAGGCAGACCAGGGUGAUAAGGAAUUUGAUCAAAUACCAAGGGUAGUUACAUACCAAGGGAUGUUGACUUUGAUCAGAUAUUAAAGGUAGGGGAUUUUCCCUGAACUGGACUCGGCAAGUUUCUUGCUAAACGGGACUGGAACGGCCAAGGACAGAGUCCAAGGGCCAGUCCUAGUCAAAAAGAUGACGCAGGAGCUUCACUAAAGUUUGUUAAGGAGACAGUCUUUUCAGUAGUAGGUGCUCUGCAAAUGGUUACUUACAUACGAGUGUAUAGUAAGUAUCCUUACCUAGAUGUUAUUUUAAAAUUCAUUCUAAUUUGUUACAGCUUUAAUAACAACUAUACCUUUGGGAUAACUAAAUUUUUUUGAUAACUGCAGCAGAUUCUGAUGAAGUCAUUGAGAUAUCAACCUACAAACCAUCUAUAAAGUAAUUUAAUUAUGAAUAAUUGAGGCAUUUUUCCUAUAAUUAUGUGAGAGUUUAAUUGCUGGAAUCAGAUUUAAAUAUUUUAUAAGAUCUAUAGUUUUCCCUAAAAGUACUUUCCCUAAGGGUUAUCUGAACUGCUUCCUGCCUUUAUUCAGGAACCAAGUAAAUUUGAGUAAGUCUUUUGCUAUCUGAAAUAUUGCUACCUGUUAUUUGAAACUCAGGAGCCAAAUAGAUCUAGAUAGUGAAGGAUACAUGUAUCUUUAUUAAAAUUUUUAACAUUUAUUUAAAGCAAUAUAUUUCUCUCUAAGCAGCGCUUUAGCAGUUGCCUACAAGUUUUGCUGUGUUUUCAUUAUCACUCAAUACGUAAAUAUAUUUUAAUUUCCUUUGUGGUUUUUAUUUGUCUGUUUGAGUGUAGGUUAUUUAAUAUUGUUACUUAACAAUUUCCAUAUAUUGGGAUUUUCUAGGUAUCGUACUGUUAAUUGAUUUCCAAUGUAAUUUCACUGUGGUCAGAGAAUCUAUACUUUAAGAUUCCACUGUUUAGAAACUUAAUUAUGCAUAUGGCUUGUUUUGGUGAAUGUGUCAUAUGUACUUGAAUGUGUAUUCAGCAAUUGUUGGGUCUAAACGUCAAUUAGAUCAAAUUGGUUGAUAGUGUCAUUCAGAUUUUCUGUAUCCUGACUGAUUUUUUGUGUGUGUGUGUCUAUUUUUUCUAUCAGUUACUGAGAGAAAGGUGUUAAAAUCUACAACUGUGAUCGAAGAUUUGUCCCUUCAGAUCUGCUAUUAGGGCCUUACACAUUUAGCGUUGUUUUGUGUUCUAGAUGAUUUGACCCAUUUAUUAUGAAAUGUCCCUCUUUUUCUCCCUGUCUUGAAGUCUCUUGGUGAGAUACUAAAAAAGCCGUACCAGCUUUCACGUGUUUGCUAUUUGCAUGGAAUGUCUUUUUCCUACCAUUUUAUUUCCAGACUAUCUGUGUCUUUGUAUAUAAAAUGUCUCUUGUAGACAGCAUAUGGCUGGGUCUUUUUUAAAUCUGACAAUCUCUAACGUAUAGUUCAAGUGUUUAGUCCACUUACAUUUAAUGUAUUUAUUGAUAUGGUUGAAUACUAGUCUACCAUAUUGUCUUUUUUCCCAUGUGAUCUUUCUUGUUUUCAUUCUUCUCUUGAUCCUUUCUUAUCAUAUUACAGACUGUUUUAGUAUUCCCUUUUUUGGCUUUUUGCUGUACCUCUCUGUAUAAUAUUUUUAUAGCUAGCAGUAUGCAUCCUUAAAUUAUCAAAGUUUAACUUAUCAGAGUAUACUUUAAUAUUAUACCACGUUAUAAUUCAUAAUUCAUAUUUUUCAUUUCCUGCCCCUCACUUAGCACCUUUACAUUUCCUAUUUGUCACUUCACCUGACACUGCUUCUCAUUUCCUAUUUUCUUUUUCUCAAUUAGCGGUUCAUAAAUGUAAUGACCUAACAACAGAUUAAUUCCAUUUACUCCCUCCUGUGUGCUAUUUUUUUACCUUUUACUUCUACUUAUGUUCUGCUCACACUAUUGCUAUUUUUGCUUUCACAGUCAGUUGCCUUGUAAGGAAGUUAGAAUAAAUAAAAACAGUAUUAUAUUUAUUCACUCUAUGUUUACCUUUUUUGGAGAUCUUCAUUCCUUUCUGUCGAUCUGAGUUUUCCUUCAACUGGAAGAAUGUCCUUCAGCAAAUUUUGUAGUACAAAAGUCACUGGUGAAAAUUUCUCUUAGCUUAUUUUCUGAAAAAUGUCAUUAUUUCUUUGAAAGGUUUUUUUGUUGGAUGUGGAAUUCUGGGUUGAUUGUUCUUUCUCUAGAAUUUGCAUUUGGUUCUUUUUAUAAUUUCUGUUUCUCUAUGGAAAGUCACUAUCUCUUGUCAUUAAACCUAUAUUAUUUUUAGGUUCUCAGGCCAUCUGGGGUUUCUCUUGACUGCUUUGUUCCUUGAUUUUGAGUCACAUUUUCCUAUUUCUUUGUAUGUCUCGUAUUUUUGGAUUAUAUCCUGGAUAUUGUGGAUGGCACGUUGUAGAUGCUAAGAAUUCUGUUGUCUUCCUCUGAAGAGUGUUGAUUUUUGUUCUAGCAGGCAGUUCAGUUACUGCCUGAUUACCUCUGACUUCUGUUGGCUCAGUUUUAGGGCAGAUCUUUGGAAAGCCCAAGGUGUUUCCCCAAUUCUAACUGGCUCAGAAUAGCCCAGUAGACUGGGUCUCCUCUGUGGAUCUUGUUGAAGCCUGGCUUUAGGUUUAUUUAGGGCAGGUUUAGAGUAGGUCUUACUCUAGAGCGUGGUCUUUACUCCUAACAUGUGGCCUUUCUGGUAUCUCAGGAUGCCUUGAAUGUUCAUAAAGUUUCUCUACUGUCAGUGGUCAAAACCGCAGAUGUCCCUCGUCCCUGAUUGGCCUUUUGUAUCCCUCUUUUGCUCUUAACCUGGUAGCAGCUGCUCUCUGUUAAACCUUGGACAGUUUCAUCCUGCUGAGGUGCAGUCCAGUCCUUGGCCAAGGACUCACGGGUGAUGGUGACAGUUUAGACGUGGUAUUAGCAAUUUGCUUUGUGGCUUCGAGUUUCCCAUCUGUCAAAACAGAAUAGUGUGUCCACUGAUUUCAGAAGACCCAUGGUUGGCUCCCAUGCAUCCCAAGUGGGGCCUGUGAGUGUUGUCUGAAAGUGUCCGUCUCCUCUGGCCAGCAGUCACGCUCACUCCCUCUUGUGUCCCCGUGAGAGGCUCUGUGAAGACCUGGUUCUCCCAGGGACGACUCUAUCCCAGAAGCACGACACCUGAAAGGACUUGCCAAGCCAGACGAUGCCCGUCGAGCUGGGGCAGGCCCGAGUCCUGCUGCCACCACCCGCGAAGGCCGAGGACGCCCUGUUCUCUGGAACAGACACCACCCCUCAAGGGGAGGCCUCCAGCCCUGAGACUGCACGCCAGCUGUUCAGGCAGUUUCCUUACCAGGUGAUCUCUGGGCCCCAGGAAACCCUGAGGCAGCUGCGGAAGCUCUGUUUCCAGUGGCUGCAGCCGGAGGUUCACACCAAGGAGCAGAUCCUGGAGAUCCUGAUGUUGGAGCAGUUUCUGACCAUCCUGCCCGCCGAGAUCCAGACGUGGGUGCGGAAGCAGCAUCCCGGCAGCGGGGAGGAGGCGGUGACCCUUGUGGAGAGCCUGAGGGGAGACCCCCAGAGGCUGUGGCAGUGGAUCCGCAUCCAGGUCCUGGGACAGGAGAGCCUAGCAGAGAAGGUGGAGUCUGCCGGCUGCCCAGUGCGGGCAGUGGACCCCCACCUCGAGGUGCCUCAGGAGCUGGGCCUUCAGAACGCACCCUCCGGGCCCGGGGAGCUGCUGAGCUGCAUCGUGAAAGAGGAGAGUGACGUGGAGCAGGAACUAGCAGCGCCUGCGUCCCCGCCUCCGGCCCCCCCCAAGGAAAGGCUCCUGGGAGACCAGGACUUCGGAGCCUCCCUCCUCCAAACAGCACCUCAGGAGCAGUGGAGGCACCUGGAUUCCACUCAGAAGGAGCAAUACUGGGAUCUCAUGCUGGAGACCUACGGGAAAAUGGUCUCAGGCAUUUCCAGUUCUGAGCCCGACCUGACUUCUCCAACCGCCUGCGGGGAAGAGCUGGCAGGACCACAUCUGCGUGUCGGUGAGAAGAUCCCAAGACCCACCUGUACAGGGGACAGGCAGGAGAAUGACAAAGAGAACAUAAACUCGGAGAACCACAAAGACCAGGCGCCUCAAGCCUCGGGAGAGCCACCCUUCCAGGCUGCCCUGAGCGGCCUCUUCAGUGAGGAUGAGUCGAAAUGCUUUGGAGAAGGCGAGAAUCUCCCCGAGGCCCAGGAGAACCUUCAGGGCGAGGGAACCAGGGGCCAGCUCUCCCCUCAAGACAGGAAUCCUGGGAAGCAGCUGGGUCCGCGCCUGCCGCGUCCUCACCCUGGAGAGCCGUCUGUGCCCUGGCCUGAGCAGAGGAGGGAGGCCUCCCCGCGCGCGCAGCCGAGAGCCACCAUGGCCCAGAGACUCCCCACCUGCCGGGAGUGUGGGAAGACCUUCUACAGGAAUUCGCAGCUUGUUUUUCACCAGAGGACCCACACCGGAGAGACGUACUUUCAGUGCCCCACCUGCAAAAAAGCCUUUCUGCGGAGUUCCAACUUUGUGAAGCACCAGCGAGUCCACACGGGAGAGAAGCCCUGUAAAUGUGACUACUGUGGGAAGGGCUUCAGUGACUUCUCGGGGCUGCGCCACCACGAGAAGAUCCACACGGGAGAGAAGCCCUAUAAAUGUCCCAUCUGCGAGAAGAGUUUUAUUCAAAGAUCCAACUUUAAUAGACAUCAGAGGGUUCACACAGGCGAGAAACCCUAUAAAUGUUCCCGCUGCGGGAAGAGUUUCAGCUGGAGCUCCAGCCUGGACAAACAUCAAAGAUCCCACUUGGGAAAGAAGCCCUUUCCGUAGCCAGGCUCUCUCGGCCCAUUUCUGUCUCCUGGUCCACUUAGAAAUGCUUGACUCCAUCUGGAGAAACUCGCUCUCUCAGAAGACACCCCUGUUCUCUCGCUUUCUCGUGGACUGGACAGGAGAGACUAGAACUCUGUUUUAGACUCAGAGGCACCUCGGCCUCUGCACUGGACUUCACGCAGGUUUACUGUCUUGCUUCUGCAUCAAGAGAAAGAAAAGUCUUCAUUUUUCAGCGCCUCUCUUCCCUUGGGCCCUUGGGGGGUCCCGUUUUAGUUAGGAGCGCUCUCUGGGAGGAGUCUGCCGCCCCUGGGAAGGACCUCGAUCAGCCCUGUGGAACCGGGGCUCUAGAACAGGUCUCCUGUCACAGGGAGGGGCACAGAGGCCGGGGGGCUCGCGCGUGAUCACUGUACGGGUGCCAAGCUAGCGUCAGGUAUCCCUUGUUUCCGGUAACCUUGGUAGCCACCCCCUGCCUCAUUUGUGCCUGACUAACCCCAGGUGUGUGUUCUCGCAGGCGCCCCGAAGUGGCCGCUGGGCCCGUCGGAACCUGCAUGCUUACCCGUCGGCUGAGCCGUGCGGGGGAAGUGCCGACCCGGUGCCAGGGCCGGGCGCUCCUGGGUCCUCUGCCUAUGCCCAUCCCCCGCUUGCUCUGGGGCCUCCAGUUACCCCCCUUUCUCCUGGUGUCCCACUUACACCAUCAUUUUUGCCGAAGUGUCUGGUGUUGUAAAGUUAUCUUCCUUAUCUCAUUUGGUCUGUGCGUGCAAGGAAGAAGUCAAUAGUAUUGAUCCAAUUUGUAGUGUGUCUGGAGGUUUAUUAACACAUCUAUCUAACCUGUCCACUUGUCCUUGUCUUCAAAAGUUCCGUGACCCAGAGUGCCCUGCUCUCGUACAGUGAGACUUCCACCUUCCUUCCAUCUUGGUCCUCCUCUGCCCACUCCUCACUGUUCUCUGUGAGGACCAGGAAGGAUGAUGCCAACAAGGAGGCAGAGCCAUCUCCUUGGAAACGCAGGAACUGUAGGCAAGAAACUGCAAGUUGUUGGCUGACAAUGGGAAGGGCAUUGCUGCUUGAUGAGAGGAGAGACAGAACUCAAGCUGGAAUUCCUGGAUUCCAGAGGAAUUUGUUAACUGUCUUAUAGGCAUCCAGAUGAGGAAUAAGGCCCUUCUUCCCAGGGUGCAGGACCCACAGGGUAGACAGCAGGAAAAUCAUGGUGGAAUUGGCAUUAGAUUCUGUAUUCUUGUAGCAGAGGUUUUUAGGAUGGUGGGAUUUUCUGUUUUAAACCUGGACCCACAGCAUCGGCAGUUUCUUAAGACUUACUGACUCAUGUAUCCUGAAGGGUAGGGUCCAGCCAUCUUUGUUUUAACAAGUCCUCAAGGGUUUUCUGAUGCCUGCUCAAGGUUAAGAACCACUGUUCUACACAGUAACCAACCCAGAAAUAGUCCAAGGAUACGUGGGAAUAACGAUCCUAAAAGGAAUGCUGAGCCCUCCCAGACGACUUAACAGACACCCCACCCCCCACCCCACAGAGCCCUU